AUGGUGCUGGAGGCUGCUUUUCUCGAGAAAUGCCGACAGGCAUUCCAGGCGCUGGACUCUGGUCACCGAGGCGCACUUGGACGCGAUGAAAUGAGGAACUUAUUGGAAACCAUUUUGGAGAAACCGCCGAGCGACGAUAUUUUUUUUCGUUUGAUGGCAGAGAUUGAAGAGGAUUGUGGCGGCCAGAUUGUUGAUGCCUGGAUUGCUCUCGGGGGCGGCCGCGACAAGUCAGGUCAGCUGGACAAGAACAAACUUAUCCAGAUUGUCAGCGAAGAUUUCCAAAUGACUAUUGACAUUGGACAACUUCUAGACCACCUAGAUCUGAACAAGGACGGACGUAUUGACUACAAGGAAUUUGCAGAGCUGUUCAAAUGA